AUGGGGAUCGAUGGACUGAAUAGAAAUUAUAAGUGUAUAGCUGCCACAAUCGCCGGGUGCAAAAACGAAGAAGAGCUUUAUGAAGUUUUCAAAUCCAAUCAGUUAAUAAAUUCAGAGUCAUCGAACCGUUCAACUGUAGCAUUUUUGAUCCACCGAGGUCACAAUGAAAAAAUUAACUCUAACAGUAAAGGUGUUUUUCUCGAUGUUAUUGAGUUAUGUAAAGACUUAGAUAUUGUAUACUACAUACUUGUAACAAGAAAACAAAUUUUAUUAGAAAUAGAAACUGCUCAAUUUGUUUCUAUAAUCGUCAAUGAGACUACUGGCAUUUCUAAUAUGUUUCAGUUAGUUAUUGUAUUUCGCUAUGAACUUAAAGGUCAACCAGUAGAAUGUUUUUGGGGGUUUUUAAAUCCUGAUGGACACAAUGCAGAAUCAUUAACAUCAACAAUAUUAUCUGAAAUAAAUCCUAUUUUAAAAAAUACUCCGAAUAAACUAAUAGCACAAUCGUAUGAUUGCGCGGCAGUCAUGAGUAGACAAAAGAGUGGAGUUAAUGUUAAGGUUAAGGAACUAUACCCAUAUGCGUAUUGCAUUCAUUGCUAUGCACACCAGUUAAACUGGAUUAUGACACAAUCAGUAUCUCAAAAUAAAGAAGUUCGGAUAUUUUUUUUUUAA